GGGAUGCGCGCACUACAGGCAGUAACUGGAGUUGAGUGUGACAGAGUGGCAGGCAAAAAACCGCUACAUCUUAGGAAUUACAGGCGAGCCGACCCGGACAAGCACUACCGUUAUUCAGACUGACGCAUUUACUCCUAGAUAGGAUUUCUUUGAAAUGUACAUGAAGAAACAGCCAACGGGACAACAAACUUGGAAAAUGCAAACUUGUUGCAUAUUAUAGCCUAAGAGAACCCCUCGUCUUGUCAAUUACCACUUGGGAAUUAUGCACAUACUACUGGCUACCGUGUCUCCGUUAAUUGGGUUUCUCCACUGAAAACCAUUGGAAUAACAGCAGAUACGAAGAAAUGUUAUAGUUUUUUCCCCCGAAGGACAACGUAAUUUAGAUUUUUUUUCCUGUACUGUUUCAUAAUGCCGCUUCAUCGAAUGAACAUUGCGGAUCUGUCAUUAGAACACUGUUGCAAUCAGAUUUGCUUUAAGGGGAAACGUUUACUGUGUAAACUUAUGCAAUGAUGAUAAUAUUAUUCGUGUUACUUACACAAUUUAAAUUUUUUUAAAAUUUAACUUAUGUGGAAUUCUUAUAUCCGGUCUAUUGGUGGGAUAAAUAGUAAAUGACAUUUUGUAAACCGGUCAUUUAGUUAGGCUACUUUGCGCACGUUUUGAGAAGAUCAGUCGUGAUGCCUCUUGUAGCAGGCAAUCGAAUACCCAUUUUAAGGAUUUAAGAUUAUCUUCAGUUAUACGUACUUCACCUUAAAAUCGAAAUUGGAACCUAAAGCGUAGGCUACAUUUCUACCGAACGCCUUGCACCUAGACCUUCCGUUCACGAUACAAUUUCUUGAUGUCGCCCAGGAGAGACUCACUGGAAAUAAUGGGCUGAUUAGGGGAACGCUGAGGGUAGACUGAUGGGGACAAUGCGGAUACCCGGUGUUGGCGUCCCGUUUUGGGGUCGCCUAUUGCUGUUGCUGUAUUUUUUGGCUGCCUCCGAGUCUAGGCUCGUCCAAGCCUGCCCCGGGCUCAUCACCAGCGGCUGCAGCUGCACAGACGAACGCCCAAAGGCUCACACCACGACGUCUGUUCGGAAAAGAGUCAGCUGCAGCGGGGAAGAACUUUCCGAAACUCCCCAAGCCAGCCUUCUUCCAAACAGGACCGUUACUUUGAUUUUGAGCAAAAAUCGUAUCAGGGUGCUGAGAAAUGGAUCCUUCGCUGGACUCGGUGCUCUGGAGAAACUGGACCUCAGGGACAAUCUGAUCAGCACCAUCAUGCCCGGAGCCUUCCUAGGUCUGACUGAGCUUCGCAAACUAGAUCUCUCCAACAACCGGAUUGGCUGUCUGACUGCUGACAUGUUCCAGGGGCUGACCAACCUCACCAAGCUAAACCUCUCUAGCAAUAUCUUCUCAUCUUUGGAGCCAGGGCUGUUCCAGGAGAUGCCUGCCCUGAAACUUGUGAACUUCAACUCCGAGUACCUGUCAUGUGACUGUGGCCUGCGAUGGAUUCCUGGGUACUUCCGUUCCAGCUCCGCUCGGCUGGGGGACGAGACCUUCUGUGCGUAUCCCAGAAGCCUGCACGGCAAGCCCCUUCGCGGCCUCAGAGAGAGUCAGCUGACUUGUGAUGGGCCCCUGGAGCUGCACACGCUCUCUCUCCUGCCGUCCCUGCGCCAGGUGGUCUUCAAAGGGGACCGGCUGCCCUUCCACUGCAGCGCCGCCAUGGUGGACAAGAUCACCACGCUGCACUGGCGGCACAACAGCCAGCCGGUCACCUCCGACUCCGAGCUGGGCGUCCGCCUGGAGGACAGCGUUCAACACGACUGCACCUUCAUCACCAGUGAGCUCAUCCUGUCCAACGUUCACGUGGAGGCGAACGGGGAGUGGGAGUGCGUGGUGACCACGGGGCGGGGCAACACCUCCCGCAGCGUGGAGAUUGUGGUGCUGGAGAACAGCGCCUCCUUCUGUCCAGAGGAGAGGGUCGCAAACAACCGGGGAGAGUUCAGGUGGCCGAGAACCCUGGCCGGGAUCACUUCCUACCAGUUCUGCCUGCAGCUGCACUACCCCUCCCUGGCCAUGAGCGGCAGCGGAGAGCAGAAGAAGGCAACGCGCUACUGCGACCGCUCGGGGCGCUGGGAGGAAGGCGACUACUCCCAGUGCCACUACACCAAUGACAUCACGCGGGUCCUCCACACCUUCAUCCUGAUGCCCAUCAAUGCCUCUAACGCAGGGACCCUGGCACACCAGGUGCGGACCUAUACCCUGGAGGCAGCCGGCUUCACCGACACAGUGGAUGUGCUCUACGUGGCCCAGAUGAUGUCAAAAUUCAUGGAGUACGUUGGCCAGCUACGAGAGCUCUCGGAGGUGCUGGUGGAGAUGGGCAGUAACCUGAUGCAGGUGGAUGAUCAGAUCCUGUCCCGGGCUCAGCGGGAGGAGAGAGCCUGCAGCUCCAUCGUGCGCUCGCUGGAGACCCUGGCCUGGCCUCAGCUCCACGGCAACGCCCAGGACCUCUCCAUGACGUCCCGUAACAUCGUGAUCGAGGCCCACCUCAUCCGGCCCGCCCACUUCACCGGCAUGAGCUGCACAGUGUACCAGCGGCGCGAGGGCGUGGGCGGCGGCCUGGGCAUGGAGGGGGCGGAGCCCACCCAGGAACAGCAGCUGCGGUUCCGCUGCACCACCGGGACCCACAACACCUCCCUCAAUUCCUUCCCUCUCAAGAAUGCUGUAGCUCUGGCCUCUGUGUCCCUCCCUGCCUCUCUCUUCCCUCCUGACGCUCCUUCGGACUGCAAGCUGCAGUUUGUGGUGUUUCGCACCGGCCGCUUCUUCCCCUACACCGGCAACUCCAGCGGCUCGGCCGACCACGCCCGCCGCCGCAGCGUCAACACCCCCGUCAUCUACGUGGGCCUGGACGGCUGUGACAUGUGGAACCUCUCGGACCCCGUGGUGGUGUCCCUGCGCCACUCGUCCCCCGGCAGCGACCCCAUGGCGGCCCACUGGAGCCCCCAGGCCCUGGAGCUGCAGGGGGGGUGGAGCCAGGAGGGCUGCCAGCUGGUCCACAGCGACGCCACAGUCUCCACCCUGCGCUGCUCAGUGCUCAGCAACUACGCCGUGCUGCAGGAGAUGCCUGCCUUCCCCAGCCCCUUGCCCGCCCCUGUGGAGGUGCUGCACCCCGUGGUCUACACCUGCACAGCCGUGCUCCUGCUCUGCCUCUUCACCAUCAUCAUCACCCACAUCCUGCAUCACAGCUCCAUCCACAUCUCCAGGAAGAGCUGGCACACGCUGCUCAACAUCUGCUUCCACAUCGCCAUGACAACGGCCGUCUUUGCAGGGGGCAUCACCUUGACCAGCUACCCGGUGGUGUGCCAGGCGGUGGGCAUUGCCCUGCACUACUCCUCCUUGUCCACACUACUCUGGAUCGGGGUCAGCGCCAGGGUCAUCUACAAAGAGGCUGUCUGGCGGACACCGCGGCAACAGGACGGGGAGACCCUCACCCCACCUACUCAGCGGCCCAUGCUCAGGUUUUACUUAAUCGCCGGUGGAGUUCCUCUCAUCAUUUGCGGGAUCACCGCUGCAGUCAACAUAAGCAACUAUGGGGACGGCAGCCCAUACUGCUGGCUGGCGUGUCGGCCGAGUUUGGGUGCCUUCUUUGUCCCCGCGGGCCUGGCGGUGCUGGUGACCUGGAUCUACUUCCUGUGCAGCGUGGCCCGCCUGCGGCGUCGGGGGUCACGCGGCUCCAAAGAGGCCUCCGGCUCCCCCGUCUCCUCCCCACUGCCCGAGAGCCAGCCGGCGCUGGGCGGGAGCACCAGCCUGCUCUCCACGGACUCGGCGGCGGGGACGGUGCAUGCUGGGAUGCCGCUGGAGGACCAGCACUCCCUGAAGGCGCAGUUCCUGGCGCUGGCGGCCACGCACGUCCUGUACGUGGCGCUGUGGAGCUGCGGGGCCCUGGCCGUGUGGCAGACGGGCUACAGGAGCCUGCUGUUCAGCUGCCUGUACGGCGUGGCGGCCACCGCCCUGGGGGUCUUCCUGCUGGUGCACCACUGCCUGCGCCGGCUGGACGUCCAGGCCGCCUGGCUCGGCUGCUGCCCGGCCUACCGCCGCUCCCGGCCCAUGCCGGCCUACCUGCACCCGUGCACCACCGCAGCAGGGGCCCAGACCAGCCCCUCGGAGCGCGGGUCCCAGGUGUUCGUGGGCUGCCUGCCCCCGGGGGACCCCCACAACUCCUCGUCCGCCAGGUCCUCCUCCACCCCCAGCGGGGUCAGCAGCGUGGGCCCCGGGCCCUGCAAGCUCACCAACCUGCUGCAGGUGGCGCAGGACAACGCCAGCAACGCCGCCCGCGCCCCCGCCAGCACCAUCACCAGCACCAGCACCGACAACACGGCCAAGCAGGCCAACAACAACCUGCUGGCAGCCCCCAGCUCCGCAGCCCCCACGCAGCCGCAGAGGAGGAAGGCUGGGAGGACUAAGCAGGGCCACGCCCAGUACCACCACCGAGGGGAGGGCCGGGGCCACUUCCGCCUCCGGGCCCUGCGGGGGGCCGGGGGAGGGGGCAGCGUGGGAGCCUUGGGGCCCCCGGGGCUGGAGCAGCUCAACCACGCGCAGCCGGGCUACAGGCACGCCUCCAGCGAGAACGGCAGCCUCCGCCACAGCCAAUCGGAGAGCCAGACCGCGCCGCUGGCCAACGGGAGGCGGGCGGGCGAGGUGGCCGCCACCAGCCCGUCGGAGGGCAGCGACGGGGGCAGCAGCGGCGGGCGCAGGCCCUUCCCGUUGCCCCCCUCGGCGGCCAGCAGGGCGGCGACGCAGGGCACGCAGAGGCGCAGCGCCAGCCGGGACAACCUCAAACUGGCGGCGGCCGCCGAGCGGGAUGCCAAGCGCAGCUCCUACCCGCUCAACAGCGCCCCCCUCGUCCCGCCCGCGCCCGCACCCAACGGCACCCUCAAGAGCUCCGUGCUGGAGCUGGACAUGAGCGGCACUGACCAAUCGCAGGGCUCGGCGGGCAUGAAAGGCGGCGUCUGGAAGAGCGAGACCACCGUGUGACACACGCAUACAAAAUGGCGCAUCGCUAAACGGACGCAACAGAAGAGGCCGUCUCGGCAGUGCUACCCGCGCGUUUUCCACACGGCCGUCCUCGUAUCCCUUGCUGUGGAAGCUGUGUUUCCUCUUUUUUCUAGCCAAAUGGAAUUGG